AAGAGGUAUGUGGCUCAAGCCAUGACGCCGGCGCUUCAAAAUCCAUCCGCCGCCAAUGCCUACUGGAAUUCUCAAGAAACUCUUCAAAGAGAAGGGGUUUGGUUUUCUGAGACCUGAUGAUGGUGGGCCAGACUUAUUUGCUCCGCUGCGAACUUUUACUGGGGAUGAGGACACACUCAACGAGAAUGACAAGGUCACCUUUGAGUCUGAAGUUGAGGAGCGGACUGGCAAGCCGAAGGCAGCCUCGUGGAGUGUCAUUGCCAGCACUGGCGCGGCCAAUGUUCUUGCUUUGGGCGGUAAUCCCUAUGGCGCGUAUGGAGUAGUGGUGGGUGGCUAUGGUGCCACACCUGUGGUGACGGGUCUGGAUCGAUACAACCCCUAUGGCACCACCCUUCCAGCCCUUCCAAGUGCUGGAUGCGGCUGUUGUGGAGGAUGUCCAACCAUGCCUGGCUACGCGGUGGCCAUGCCGGGUUGCUAUGGGGUGGCAGGUGCUGUGCCAGCCACAGAAACUCCGGCAGCGAUGCCGGCAAGCACCACCCUGCCGCCUGGCUGGGAGAUGACCACGGAUCCCAGUUCUGGGAAGCUCUACUACUUCAACAGAGCUACCCAAGAAUCAAGUUGGACCGUACCGGAAGUUUGAUAUAGCCAUGGAGAAAA